AGCCUAAUAUUGCACAAUUGCAUUCUGCGCAGUAGAUACGUGCGGUUUAUCACAGAUACAUUACUCAGGGGCUGCAAGGGCAUUUAGCUUCCACCAAAUGCCUCGUCAAACAAAAAUCCUCACUUUCAAUGCUGUGUACUAACCGCCUUCGACGAUGAGGCGCAGGUUAGCAAUUGGCUUUGUAAUAACAUGCAAAAGGGAGCUCCAAACUACAAGCCAACUUUUCGCCGGUUUAAAAACUCGCCAUUUUGCGUCUACUCCAAGAUCAAAGAGUUCUUUUCAGCACCUAGACUUGUAUUCCCUGAAUAAAAAGAUCUCGCAUUUCACCAGAAUGGGUCGGAUUAACGACGCUAGAGCAUUGUUUGAUAAAAUGGAGCAAAGAAACACUGUUUCAUGGAAUUCGAUGAUUAGUGGGUACGUGAAACGGGGAGAGAUUACCAAAGCAAGAAAACUGUUCGACGAAAUGCCUAAAAGGGAUGUCGUGUCGUGGAAUUUAAUGAUUUCAGGAUAUGUGUCAUGUCGUGGGAAGAGGUUUCUAGAGGAGGGAAGAUACUUGUUUGAUAAAAUGCAGGAAAGGGACUACGUUUCUUGGAACACGAUGAUUAGUGGGUAUGCAAAGAAUGGGAGGAUGGAUGAGGCCUUGCAGCUUUUUCAUACAAUGCCUAAGCGGAAUGCAGUCUCGUGGAAUGCCAUGGUUGCUGGGUUUUUGCAGAAUGGUGAUGUAGGGCGUGCAAUUGAAUUUUUUGAGAUGAUUCCUGAGAGGGAUGGAGCAUCCUUGAGUGUACUUGUCUCGGGUCUUAUUCAGAAUGGAGAAUUGGAUGAAGCUGCCAGAAUUUUGCUUGAAUGCAGCAGCAAUGAUGGCAGGAAAGAGGAAUUGGUGCAUGCUUAUAAUACUUUGAUAGCAGGGUAUGGUCAGUGUGGAAAGGUGAAUGAAGCUCGAAAUCUUUUUGAUCAGAUCCCAAUUCAGGAUGGCCAAGGAAACGGAAGCAAAAAGAGGUUUGUGAGAAAUGUUGUGUCAUGGAAUACCAUGAUGAUGUGCUAUGUGAAGGCACAGGAUAUUGUCUCUGCUAGAGAACUCUUUGACCAAAUGAAGGAAAGAGACACUAUUUCAUGGAAUACCAUGAUUAGUGGAUAUGUUCAUGCGUCAGAUAUGGAAGAGGCCUCAAACCUCUUUUGUGAAAUGCCAAACUCAGAUACCCUUUCGUGGAAUUCAAUGAUCUCAGGAUAUGCCCAGACAGGUAGUUUGGAACUUGCUCAUGAUCUCUUUCAGAGGAUGCCCCAAAAGAACUUGAUCUCAUGGAAUACCAUGAUUGCUGGGUAUGAGAAGAAUGAUGAUUAUAAAGGAGCAAUUGAAAUUUUUAUCCAGAUGCAAAUUGAAGGUGAGAAACCUGAUAGACACACUUUAUCUUCACUUCUCAUUGUGUCUUCUGGGAUUGUGGAUCUACAUUUGGGCAUGCAGAUUCAUCAGCUUGUAGAAAAGACAGUUACCGCAGAUGUUCCAAUAAAUAAUGCCCUUAUCACCAUGUAUUCAAAAUGUGGUGCAAUAAUUGAGGCUCAGACCAUUUUUGAUGAGAUUAAAAUGCAGAAAGAAGUAAUCUCAUGGAAUGCAAUGAUUGGAGGAUAUGCAUCUCAUGGUUAUGCUACAGAGGCUUUGGAACUUUUCAAAUGGAUGAAAAGUUUCAAAGUGCAACCUACUUAUAUAACGUUUAUUUCAGUUUUGAAUGCCUGUGCUUAUGCCGGACUAGUUGAAGAAGGUCGAGGGAUAUUUAAAUCCAUGGUUAGUGAAUAUGGUAUAGAGCCAAGGCUUGAACACUUUGCCUCCCUGGUGGACAUUGUGGGUCGGCAUGGACAGCUUAAGGAGGCCUUGGAUGUGAUCAAUAGCAUGCCAUUUGAGCCUGAUAAGGUUGUCUGGGGUGCUUUAUUGGGUGCUUCUAGGGUCCACAACAAUGUGGAGAUGGCCCGUGUUGCUGCUGAAGCUUUGAUGAGACUUGAACCAGAUAGCUCAGUUCCCUAUGUCUUGUUAUACAACAUGUAUGCUGAUGCGGGACAGUGGGAUAAUGCAACAGAAGUAAGAAUGAUGAUGGAAAGGAAUAAUAUCAAGAAAGAAGCAGCAUUUAGUUGGGUAGAUUCCUCCUAGUGAUGAUGUUUGGAAUAUAUGAACUGUCUGUAUGAAAGAUACAGUUGGUUGGUUGCACUUGUUAAUUUCCAGCAUUGAUUGCCAUCUAGUAAGCAUGAGAUCUCUCAACUUUGCUGCAUUUUUUUUCCCUCACUCUGAAUGCAGGAGAGUGAAGCAAAAACUAGAAAGAGAUGGUAAAGUUCUAUGCUAUUUGUUCCUGAUGCUGUUGCUUCAGGUAACUGCAGCUCUUCAGUUCAUGUUAUAAGUGGGGCCAAAGUGAGUUUGGAUUCAAGUUGUGUUCUUUUCUAAUAAGCUUACCCAGUUUUUGCAUGGCCCUGACCAAGGACUAGGUCUAUCAAAGUUGGCUUCAUCUAUCUGAGAGAAAUGGUAAAAAUUGAGUAACUGGAUUGCUUGCCCACACAGGUCAUACUAACCUAGUGUUUCGGCUUUCACAGAUUGGCUUUGAAGGUCUCAGGAACAUGUAUAUAUGGUGGAUGCUAUUGUUUACAGGGUUCGUGGUGAUUGAAAAGCUUUUACUGUGUUCAUUUGGGUUAGGUAAGAUUUACUGUUUCUUCUUUGAAUUAUUUACUUUUGAAUAUUAUGUUUGAUGAGAUCAGAGACAUACAUUGUUGAGAAUAAUGAUAAAUUUAACUUAGCUGAGCUCAUCAUAGAAACUAGUUAUUAUUUUACUGAUAUGUUUAAUUUUUACUGUAAGAAGAUCAUGUGCUUACCUUCUUUUAUGUGGGUUUCUGUGUUAUGUCUUUGGUUAUUAUGCACCUGGGUGAAGUUUAAAAAAGAAAAAAAAAAACAGUUGUGUUGGCGACAUUCGGUCUUGAACAGGUCAAGAAUAUAGUUCUGUGGUUGAUUUACUUUUUAGUUUCAUUUCAUCUUCUCACUGUAAUCGUCUGAACAACAAGAUAAAUGAAUGCUUAACUGGAGUGAGUAAAAAUUUAUAAAGACCGGAAAAUUACAUUAUGGAAUAUCAAUUUUUUGAACUUGCAAAAUAAUGCUCUAACAUUUUGGAAUACGUCUUAUGAUAGAAAUUGAUAAAAUGAAAGUCCUGGAGCUUUUGAGACGACAUGCAUUCCUGCCCUGGUAGGUAUUGAGUUGUUUAUGAGCGUCUUGGAUUCACAUGGUUAUCCUGAUUUGAUCUAAGGCAUAGGAAACGAUCAUGGAUCUUCUAGCAACCUUGUGAAGUACUAAUUAUUUGAACUGUUUAUCGAUUUCGUGAAUUGCUGAACAUGGCCAUAUACAUUUUUAUCUUUGUGCUUGUUCAUUUUCUUCCUUGGCGUGCAUUUCUUUUAUUUAGCAAUUUAUGCAUGGUAAUUGCUUUUCUCUGCCAACUUACACAUGGCAGCUGAUUAAUUAUAUAUGUUAAUUCCAUGUUUUAUGUCCAUGGUCUAGAGCAAUUUUUUUUGUGGGUUCUGAAUUCGUCACUUGAGGCUUCAUCCGUUUCUUCAGGACUAAUGGGACAGACUCUUUCACUUCUUAGCACAGAUGAUCUUAUUGGGCGCCUGCAUCUCGCAAAGAAACAAUUAAUAGAAGUUGGGAGGCUCAGGAGUUUUGCUCUCUGCAAUGAAGCUGUGGAAGUUUGUUGCUCUUUGACCUUAUUGUUGCGAGAGGUUUGGUCCUCAAGAAAAAAAGCAAGAAAAAGAAAAGAGUUAGUCUGUCUGACAGUUAUUUUUUCACUAGUCCAAGUCACGCAUUCAAACCAUGGAUAAUGUAUGCGACUAAUUAUUGGAAUUGAACAUUGUACUUUCCUUUGGCAUUUUACUCUUUAGGUAGUGGACAAUGAUAAGCUAGUAGAAGUACCUUCACGGUUUUAUUUUUUGUGC